ACAGGUAAAUAAAACUGGUUAGUAAUGGCGGAGAACAGCGGUAAUAUUAACGUCAAUCCAGCCAACCUUCCUCCCGGAGAUCCGCAGCUCAUCGCUAUGAUUGUGGAGCAUCUGAAGAACCGAGGGCUUUUUGACGAAUUUCGCCGGGACUGUUUAGCCGAUGUCGACACGAAGCCCGCCUACCAGAACCUCCGGCAAAAAGUUGACAACUUUGUGUCGUCGCACCUGAGCACGCAGGAGUGGAACCCGUCCAUCAAUAAGAACCAGAUGAGAAACGGACUCAGACAAAGUGUUGUUCAAUCAGGUAUGCUGGAGUCUGGCGUGGACAGAAUAAUAACUCAGGUCGUGGAUCCCAAGAUGAACCACACAUUCAGGCCUCAAAUAGAGACCGCCGUUCAUGAAUUCCUCUCCUUAGACGGGAAAGAAGAGAGCAGCUCAAGUCUGAAUCCUGCGCCAUGUGAGCCAACGGAAACUCAGGAGCCCCCUGGUGUCUCUGGCCCCAAAACCCCCAAGAUGAUGGUGAAUGUGUCUGCUGCGAUGUUUCUGCUGCUGGGCUGUAAUCAUCUGCUGGCCAUGGAGCUGCAUGAUCAUAUCCUGGAGAAACAAGGGAGCCAAGUCAAAAAGCGCCUCUCCCUGCAGAGCACAGCUGAAAUCCAGAGCUGCUUGGUGAGUUCAGGGGAUGUCGGCUGUGGGAUGUUUCAGUGUUUCAGCAAUAACUCCUGUGAGAUCCAGGGCCUCCACCAUAUAUGCCUCACUCUGCUGCACAACGCAGGACGCUACAACUCUCAGGGUAAGUCGUACGUGAAGGACGCACUUCGAUGCAUUGCGCUGGGACUGCGGCAGCGUUUCAGCUGCGUGAGCCGGCGUUGCUCUGCGGUGAAAGAGAUGGUGUUCUUGCUCCAGAGAGAGUGCUACUCCAAACACAAUCUCUGCCUGGCUGUGCAGGAUCACCUGGACACCAUGGGGAACCUGGUCCAGUUCCAACUCAUGUUUCCUGCAGGGCCGUACGUUGAGCUGAUGAACUUCCUGCUGAAGUGUGGAGACAAGAUCAGGUCCUGGGUCGGACAGCGACUUCGGGGGCAAUGUGAGCAACACUGGGGGGCGCUCUGCAGCACCUUCACCAACAUCUGCCCCCUCAGUCCGUCAGAUGCUCCGGGGCUUCCCACCAGUCCAGCACCCUCCAUCCCUGGACCUGCUACCCCUGCUGAUCCCCUGCAGCAGCCGACCAGGGAGGUCGAACUAGAGGAUGUGACCCCUGAUUGGUCAACAGACAAUGUUACCCAAUCUGAUCUCUUAGCAUCCUGAACUUUCUUAUAUCAAGAGUUACACAAGGUGCACACAGGGUAAACAAACAUUAAGCACUUAUAUUACCAGUAGAAUAAGUAAAAGAUGUAGAUUUAGACGAGUUUUCUGUGUAGUGUUGCCAGUGAAUGCAAAAGCAGCAAUACUUAUUUAGUGUGUGGGUGUUUUUGUUUUGUGGAGAUUAAUAUUUUCUCUGAAUAUAUACAGGAUGAAAAGCCAUUAAUCUACCUCACAUCAAUAUUACAUUUCAUCAGAGGGAAACACUCAUAACACGUUCAGCUCAUGUGCGUCUCAUGGCUUUGAGACAGAAUUAAACUUUUUUUAGUCUGUUUUGGUUUUUAUGAGGAUUGUCAUGUUGUGCAUCAUGCAUAUAGUUAAAGAAUACGCUUCAAUAACCUACCUUAAACUUGUAAUAAUCUUAAAGACAUCUGAAGUUAUACAAUCUAUUUUAUACAACAGUUUUUUCUCAGGCCAUUUUCUUUAGAGUCACAAAGCAGAUGGAUCUAAAUGCAUCCAGAGAAAAAGAUGCAAAGAAAGUCCAGCAUACUGAAGUAAUUAUGCCUAUUUUUAUGUCUGAGUUGUCCAAACUGGUGGUGCUGAAGUGUUCAGAUAUAAAACAGGGUUUUGCUUGUUAUUGCAACUCAAAAGAUUAAAAACAUCUAAGAAGAGGAAUCCUGUCAGAACGGUUCUUUUAAAAUCAACAACUGGUGAUGUUCUUUGCAAAAAUUACAAAUCCCAACUUAGUGCUUAAUACUAAGUUGUGCUUAGUAUUAAGCACAACUUUAAUAGUUUAUUUAAAUAGAAAAUGUUUUUGAAAAAAAAUAAAAAGAAGACCUUAUUGAAGUGAAUAUUUUUCUUUAAUUGGUUUAAAAAUCAGAUUUCAGCACAGGUUACCUUUUCCUGUGUAAUGCAGACAGUUCUUGUUUUUGAGAAUACAACAGUGUUUGCUUUGACUAUAAUUUACAUAAAUAUAAAUAAAUAUGGGCACUUUCACCAAAGUGCAUGCAUGUCUAAUUUAUUGUGUAAAAAUAUCUGAAAGCACAAAUUAAGAAAAUGUUUUAAGCAGUAAUUUGCCAUUUUAUUGAUAACCCAUACAAGCAUACAGUUAGUCUUAUUCAUACCAUGGAAAGAUUUUAGAUUUUCUUCAUUCAAUCAUUUGUUUAUGACAGAAAAUCUCACCUGAAUCUCCCAAAUAUCCAUCUUGUUUUUCGCAAGACUUAUUUUGACCCUUCAACAUAAAUCAGUAGAAAAGCCUUUAUUGGCGUUACAAUUAAACUACUCUUAUAAUUACUGGCGAUCUGUUAUCAACAGCAUUUUAACCUUUUUGAGCUUGUAAAACACUUUUGUUUAUUGCACCAUCUAUAGAUUCUCUUAUGUUCAAGUCACAACUUAUAAAGAUUACUACUUACAGACCGCAACAACAAUGCUGAAGAAAAUUGCAUGAGCUGCAACAUGUAAUUUAUCUUUCAAAUAAAAAAAAAAGUUUAAACA